GGCCUCAUGGGCAACGCGCACCGUAAGAGGAGCCCGGCGGGCGUCAAGGCCGGCUCCUCCUGGCCCUUUGGCCGUGCCGGGAAGCCAAGGGCAGGCGCUGCCAAGGGCGAGGCCGAGAAGCGGCUGAGCGUGCAGUAUACGGCAGGCGAGGAAUGCCCCGACAACGUCUUCUUCCCCAGCACCCGGCCCCCGCACCUGGAGGAGCUGCACAACCAGGCCCAGCAGGGACUGAAGUCCCUGCAGCACCAGGAGAAGCAGAAGCAGACCAAAAGUGCCUGGGACCACGGGGACACCAGCAGCCUCCAGUCCUGCGCAUCCUCAGAGGAUGACAGCGUGUCCUUCCAGAGCCGGGCGGCCUCCUGUGCCAUGGACAGCACCUCCGAGGACGCCCUCUCUAUCCGCUCCGAGAUGAUCCAGCGGAAAGGUUCCACCUUCCGACCGCACGACUCCUUUCCCAAAUCCUCGGAAAGGGCUGGCAAGAAGAGGAAGGAGAGGAGGACGACGGUGCUGGGCAUCCCCCAGCAUGUCCAGAAGGAGCUGGGUCUCAGGAACAGCCGGGAAGCCACGGGACACCCCGAGGCUGAUGGGCGAGGGCAGGCGGGGCGUGGGGGCAACCAGGCGCCACAGCCCUUGCUGAACGGCGGGCAGGUCUCUGGCGACGCCAUCCGCAUCCCCACCAUCGACGGGAAGCUGCAGCCACUGGCUGUCCCCGGGGGUGCUCGCAUCUGCCUGGGAGCCUUGGAGGAGGCAGACGCGGCCCUGCAGAAGCACAUCAACCGGGUUUACUACGACGACACGUUGCUGGGGAGGAAGACGGCGGCCAAGCUGUCACCCAUGGCGAGGCCAAAGUCGCUGGCUGUGCCGGGCAUGACCACCAAUGCCAGCCCCCCGGAGCUGCUGAGCCCCGUCAUGUCCAUCUCACCCCAGGGCACCUACAUGUCCAAGAUCAUCCCCAACGCCAUCCUGCCGCCCAUGGUGGACGUGGUGGCCCUGACGCGGAGCAGCGUGCGGACGCUGAGCCGCUGCAGCCUGGUGUCGUCCAGCCCGGCCUCGGUGCGCUCCCUUGCCCGCUUCUCGGAGCGUAGCGCCCGCAGCCGUGAGCCCUCCUCCUCCAGCGACAACUGGAGCCACUCGCAGUCCACGGAGACCAUCGUCUCCAACAGCUCCACGAUCUCCUCCCAGGGUGGCUCCGACCGUCGGCAGCCCGAGGCAGGGCCCUGCGGCGAGGCGGAUGCCGCGGCUCGCUCCGACACCGACCAAGUCAGCGUCUACAGCUCCGCCAGCUUCGUCAGCUCCUUCUCCAAGCCUGCCGCCGGCCCCGCGCCUGCAGCCCCCGGGCUCCUGGCCGUGGCGGGCAGCAGCGGCCGGGCGUCCCCUGCCUACAGCAUGAGCAGCCAGGCGGAGGGCUCGGACACGGGCAGCCUGGCCAGCGAGCGCUCCUCCGCCCGCAGCGUCUCCCUCAGGAAGAUGAAGAAGCCCCCGGCCCCCCCUCGCAGGACCUACUCACUGCACCAGAAGGCUGAGGGGGAGCCCAAGGUGCUGGGGCUGCCCCCCAAGCCCGACCGGCGGUCCCAGCGGGAGAGCAGCGCGCCCUGGUCCCCACGCCCCGAGCCCUUCAGCCCCACAGCUGAGGAUGAGGUCUUCUCCCCAUCGUCGCUGAGCGAGACCAGCAGCCUCCGCUCUGAGAGCCUGGCCGGUGCCAGCUCCCCCGAGGCCUCGCAGGGCAGCCCCGGGGUGACGGUGGUGCUGAGGGAGCCUCAGGCUCAGCCCAAGUGGAGCUGCCCGGAUGGGUCUGACCGCACCAUGUCCCCCUCCAGCGGCUACUCCAGCCAGAGUGGGACGCCCACGCUGCCUGCCAAGGGACUGGGACCCCCAUCUGUGUCCCCAGGCAGGGCUCAGCCCCAGAAGCCAGACCGGGUCUGCUCCCUGCAGUCGCCUGCGCUCUCUGUGUCCUCCUCCCUCACCUCCAUCUCCUCCUCAGCCUCGGACCCUGUCCCCCCUGAGACGCUGCCCUGCCGCUCAGACCAGUUCAUCAUCCCGCCGCAUCCCAAGGUGCCCGCUCCCUUCUCCCCGCCACCCACCAAGCCCCAGCAGCCCACGGCCCCCACCGGCCCCUUCCUUCCCUUGCCAGACCCACCGGCACCCAGCACUGCCUGCCAGGAGCCCUCGGCCAAGCCCAGUGGCAAGUCUCCACCGCCAUCGCCGCCGCCUGCCUACCACCCACCUCCUCCGCCGGCGAAGAAGGCGGAGGGGAGCCCCCAGGCCGCCAGCGAGGCCCCCACUGACACCGCCUGGCCCCCACCGCCCCCGCCAGCUCCCGAGGAGCAUGACCUAUCCAUGGCGGACUUCCCCCCUCCGGAUGAAGCCUAUUUCUCUAGCCUGCCCGAUGUCGCGCCGGCUCCGGCGGCCGGGCAGAAAGCGGCACCGAGCCCGGAGACUGCGUCUUCCUCAUUCUUGGCUGCCGUCUCCUCGCGCAGCCAGCAGCAAGACCCGCCGGCCGGGGCACCGCAGCCGCCUUCCCCUGCCGAGCUCCCUCCCAAGGCCACCGUGUCCCCGCCACCACCACCGCCUCUCCCCCCACCCUCAGCUCCGGCUCUGCCGCCCCAAACCAGCCUUAAGAAGGCGGCCAAUGGUCCCCGGGCAGAUGCCAAGAAGGAGCCGGCGUCACGGAGCAAGAGCGGUCCCGUGCCCAAGGAGGACGCCAGCCUGCCCAUCGUCACGCCCUCGCUGCUGCAGAUGGUGCGGCUGCGCUCCGUGAGCGUGGAGCCGCCCGCCGGGGCCGGUGCCGAGGAGCCCGCACCUCAGAAGCCUGUCCGCCGGUCCCUGUCCACGCGGCAGCCCCCUCCUGCCAAAGACGCGGUGCCUUCGAACCAGCUCCACCAUGCCGUACACCUCAAGGCCGCCGCCUUUUCCUCCGGUGAGGCUGCGGAGAAGCCACCGGGCAGCAGAGCAGCUCUGCCCGGCCCCGAGGGCCCCGGGGACGGCCAGCUCUCCCCCAGGCACAAGUCGCCGGCCUCCACCGCCAGCUUCAUCUUCGCCAAGAGCUCCAGGAAGCUGGUGAUCGAGACGGCCUCGUCCCCCGAAGUGCAGGCUGACCUGAAGAGGAACUUGGUGGCUGAGCUGAUGAAUUUCUCAGGGCAGCGCUCGGCAGCCCCGGCUGUCGCCCAGCAGGGCCCCGGCAAGGCGCAAGCCCACCGAAAACCCGGCAAGAUCCCCCCUCCGGUAGCCAAGAAGCCUUCGCUUGGCCCGGGGCCAGCUCCUUCCCCCCUGAGCCCAAAGACGCCGGGGGCAGAGGCACUGGGCUCCUCUGUGCCGGAUGGGAAGGCCAAGGCAGUGCCAGCGGACGAGAGCAGGACUAAGAGCGAGCCGGCAGGAACGGCGGCCUCGGGGACGGAGGGCAGGAGUGCCGCAGAGCCACCGGCUCAGAGCCUCCCUGCACAAGACGGACGGGGAGACACGGCCUGAAGGAUGAAGCUGCAGGACUGGUGCCCCCGCGGACAGGAAUCCAAAUCUCUCAGGGACCUGGGCAGGUCAACGGACGAGUGUGGAACUGGCAAUUAACUUAAUACAGGAAGCAAACAGCCUUAGCCUCCACGGCCUUGAUGAUAUUUAUGCAAAAAUGGUGUUGGUUUCACUUUC